AUGAAAAAUGGGAAAGCAACUGGCCCUGACGACAUCCCCACGAAAGUGUGGAAGCUCCUUGGCCGCAGGGGCGUUCUGAUCCUCACUACCCUCUUCAACCAUAUCAUCCAAGAUGGAGAAACCCCAGCACCUUGGAUGACCAGCACGACAGUGCCCAUCUGGAAAGGCAAGGGUGAUGUGGCUGAGUGCUUGAAUUACCGACUAAUCCACCUCCUGUGCUGUGCCAUGAAAAUCUUUGAGCAAGUCAUCGUUACCAUUACCCCAAACCAAUGUGGAUUUGUAAAAGGGUGCGGCACAAUGGAUGUCAUCCAGGCUGCCCAGAAGAAGAAUAAGACGAUCCACAUGGUGUUCCUUGACUUGGAGAAGGCAUUAAAUAGGGUACCUCAUGACCUUAUCUGGUAUGCCCUACGAUCACAUGACGUCCCUGAAGCCUACGUUGACUGGGUCAAAUUACUAUACAGCAAUGUUAGCAGUAUCAUUCGGUGUCCAGUGGGAGUCUCACCACCUUUCGCAAUCAACGUUGCAGUCCACCAAGGAUCUGUCCUUUUGCCACUCCUGUUUGUCUUAUGCAUGGACGUGGUAACCUCUAAUCUCCAAACACCCCAUCCAUGGUUGCUCCUCUAUGCCGACGACAUAUUUCUUGCUGAUGAAGAUCUGGAGUGGCUAACACAGCAGUGGAAGACUCACUUGGAUGCCAAUGUUAUAUGGCUUAACAUCAAGAAGACUGAAUACAUGGAAUGUGGUCUGCAGACCAACGGCACCAUCAGCAUUGGUGGCAAAGACCUGAAGAAGGUCACCAACUUCAAAUAUCUCUGCUCAGUCAUCAGCAGCGAUGGCAACCUGUUCCCUGACAUCCGUGCAAAGAUCAAUGCUGUAUGGUUGAAAUAG